AUGGACAAGCACCCCCUUCUGGGACUCCUCAUCUUGCUCUGCUGGUUUAGGGAUGAAAUAAUUGUUGAUGAAGAUUAUUCCGCUAUGGAAGUUAUUCAAUGUAGGAUGUGUCACCUCCAGUUCCCUGGAGAAAACUGCUUUAGAGGAAGAGGAAUAUGUACGGCAACCACAGAUGAGGCCUGCACAGUUGGGAGGAUGUUCAAAAAGAAUGGUAAACCCUGGUUAACUUUCAUGGGCUGCCUAAAGAACUGUGCUAACGUGGAAAACAUAAAGUGGGGCACCUAUCUGGUGAACUUCAGGUGCUGCCGAAGCUACGACCUGUGCAAUGAAAACAUUUAG